AUGGGAAAUCAACAGGGAGCAAUCAGCAAAGAGCAUCUGGACCACAUGAAGGACAUCAGUAACUUCUCAGAGGCAGAGUUGAAGAGACUAUAUAGAAGAUUCCAAAAGUUGGAUAAGGAUGGCUCGGGUACACUGACAACUGAUGAAUUCCUGUCUAUUCCCGACUUGGCCUUGAACCCUCUGCUGGAGCGAGUGCUCACUAUAUUCGAUCUGAACAAGGACAAUGAGAUCGAGUUCUCAGAGUUUGUUCAAACUCUAUCCACACUCUCUGACAAGGGUUCAAAGCAGGACAAGCUUAAGUUCUUGUUCCAGGUGUAUGAUAUGGACAAUGAUGGCUUCAUUGGCAAUGGAGAGCUGUUUCAAGUACUGAAGAUGAUGGUUGGUACCAACCUGAAUGACAUCCAACUGCAGCAGAUCGUUGACAAGACAAUCAUUGAGGGUGAUCUGGACAAGGAUGGCAAGAUAUCAUUCGAUGAGUUCAUUUUGAUGAUUGGAAAUAACGAGGGUAUUGAGGAUAAGCUGAGUGUAAACUGGUCAGACGCUUAA